UGAAACUACGAGCGAAGUAUCUAAAACACCGGAUGUUACAUCGUCAAGUAUAACAAAAAAUACAAAAUCAAUAACUUCUUAUCAUCCAACGUCACCAACAAUAACAGAAGAAGUAAAAACGACACCAGAAGAAAUGCUUUACUGUGAAGGAAAAACAUUUCAAGGUAUUGAAUGGCCGAGAACUUGUGCUGGUAAAUAUGCUACCAUAAAUUGUCCGAAAGAAACAGUUGGAAAAGCUUUGUGGUAUUGCAAUAAGUCUGGACAUUGGGAGACAGAAGAACCGAAUUUGGAUGGUUGCAUUAGUUCUUGGAUUGAUCAAAUUAAUCAAGAG